CGCAUGCGCACACUCCAAUCAGCAGCAUCAGCGGUGGCUCGGGUCGCUGUGUGAGCUUCAUCCGCGCAGUUUUAUUCCGUUUUCUUAAUUUAUCCACUCCAGGCUUCGAGAUACCGCCCCCAAUUUCAGCGUCGGUACGGAGCCGCCAGGCCGGGACAGAGACGGAGCGAGAGGCCUCGGCCAUGGAAGCGCUCGGACCGGGCCCGCCCGCUCCGGCCUCUCUGUUCCAGCCUCCGCGGCGUCCCGGCCUCGGCACGGUGGGGAAACCCAUCCGGCUCCUCGCCAACCACUUCCAGGUGCAGAUCCCGAAGAUCGACGUGUACCACUACGACAUCGAGAUCAAGCCCGAGAAGCGUCCUCGCAGGGUCAACAGGGAGGUGGUGGACACCAUGGUGCGGCACUUUAAGAUGCAGAUCUUUGGAGACCGGCAGCCGGGCUACGAUGGGAAGAGGAACAUGUACACGGCACAUCCACUGCCCAUCGGGAGGGACCGGGUGGAUCUGGAGGUGACCCUGCCGGGGGAGGGGAAGGACCAGACCUUUAAGGUGUCUCUGCAGUGGGUCUCUGUGGUCAGUCUCCAGAUGCUGCUGGAAGCUCUGUCGGGUCACCUGAACGAGGUCCCUGAGGACUCUGUUCAGGCCCUGGAUGUGAUCACGCGACACCUGCCCUCCAUGAGGUACACUCCUGUGGGCCGCUCCUUCUUCUCCCCUCCGGAGGGAUACUACCAUCCUCUGGGUGGGGGCAGGGAGGUGUGGUUCGGCUUCCAUCAGUCCGUCCGUCCUGCCAUGUGGAACAUGAUGCUGAACAUCGACGUGUCGGCCACGGCCUUUUACCGUGCCCAGCCCGUCAUCGAGUUCAUGUGUGAGGUCCUCGACAUCCAGAACAUCAACGAGCAAACCAAACCGCUCACCGACUCUCAGAGGGUCAAAUUCACCAAGGAGAUCAGAGGUCUGAAGGUCGAGGUGACGCACUGUGGGCAGAUGAAGAGGAAGUACCGAGUGUGUAACGUCACCCGCCGCCCUGCCAGCCACCAAACCUUCCCCCUGCAGCUGGAGAACGGGCAGGCCAUGGAGUGCACGGUGGCGCAGUACUUCAAGCAGAAGUACAGCCUCCAGCUCAAGUAUCCACAUUUACCGUGUCUGCAGGUGGGACAGGAGCAGAAGCACACCUACCUUCCCCUGGAGGUGUGCAACAUCGUGGCCGGCCAGCGCUGCAUCAAGAAGCUCACGGACAACCAGACGUCCACCAUGAUUAAAGCCACGGCUCGCUCGGCCCCCGACAGGCAGGAGGAGAUCAGUCGCCUGGUCAAAAGCAACAGCAUGGUCGGGGGCCCGGACCCCUACCUGAAGGAGUUUGGCAUUGUGGUGCACAACGACAUGACCGAGGUGACGGGGCGUGUCCUCCCUGCACCCAUGCUGCAGUAUGGGGGCCGGGUGAGUACAGACACAGGCAGGGACUGUGGCAGGAAUAAAACGGUGGCCACACCUAACCAGGGCGUGUGGGACAUGCGAGGGAAGCAGUUCUACGCCGGCAUUGAGAUCAAGGUGUGGGCCGUGGCUUGCUUCGCCCCCCAGAAACAGUGCCGGGAGGAUCUGCUCAAGAGCUUCACAGACCAGCUCAGGAAGAUCUCAAAGGAUGCUGGGAUGCCCAUCCAGGGUCAACCGUGUUUCUGUAAAUACGCGCAGGGAGCCGACAGCGUGGAGCCCAUGUUCAAACACCUGAAGAUGUCCUACGUGGGUCUGCAGCUGAUCGUGGUCAUCCUGCCUGGAAAAACGCCCGUCUACGCGGAGGUGAAGCGGGUCGGGGACACUCUCCUGGGCAUGGCCACGCAGUGCGUCCAGGUGAAGAACGUGGUGAAGACGUCCCCUCAGACUCUGUCCAACCUCUGCCUGAAGAUCAACGCCAAGCUGGGCGGCAUCAACAACGUCCUGGUGCCUCACCAGAGGCCCUCUGUGUUCCAGCAGCCCGUCAUCUUCCUCGGUGCCGACGUCACUCAUCCUCCGGCAGGAGACGGCAAGAAGCCGUCCAUCGCUGCCGUGGUGGGCAGCAUGGACGGCCACCCCAGCCGGUACUGUGCGACGGUGCGAGUCCAGACGUCCCGGCAGGACAUGUCCCAGGAGCAGCUGUUCAGCCAGGAGGUGAUCCAAGACCUCACCAACAUGGUGCGCGAGCUGCUCAUCCAGUUCUACAAGUCGACCCGCUUCAAGCCUACACGCAUCAUCUAUUACCGCGGCGGCGUGUCCGAGGGACAGAUGAAACAGGUGGCAUGGCCAGAGCUCAUCGCCAUCAGGAAGGCCUGCAUCAGCCUGGAGGAGGACUACCGGCCCGGCAUCACCUACAUCGUGGUCCAGAAGCGCCACCACACCCGUCUGUUCUGCUCCGACAAGGCUGAGAGGGUGGGGAAGAGUGGGAACGUCCCGGCUGGCACCACGGUGGACAGCACCAUCACGCACCCGUCAGAGUUCGACUUCUACCUGUGCAGCCACGCCGGCAUCCAGUUUUCAGGACGUUGA